AUGAGCAAUACAUUUAUUUACUGGAAUUUUAAGGGAAGUAAGGGAGAUGCAAAUAUUUUAAGGAUAUCUUUACCAUGUAGUUACAAUACAAUAAAGAAAAAGAUUUUAGAGGAAAUUAAUUUAAACUUGCAGAAUAAUUUAGAUAUACUAUUAUAUUAUAAUAAUGAAGUUUUAAGUGAAUAUGAAAGUAUUCAUAAUGAAAUGUUAAUUGAAAUACAAAGAAGUAACAUUGAUGUUGUAAAAGAAUUGUUACAAAAAAGUAAUGAAAAGUAUCUGGAAAGAAACAAAAACACAAUAGAAAAUAAAGAUACAUCGAAUUUAAAAAAGAAUGAAGAUUUCAAUUUAAGUAAAAAUAGUGAUAAAUUAAAUAACCAUGAUGCAAAUAAAAUAUCAAAAAUAAAUAAAUUACAAAAUUAUUCUUAUAACAACAAACCAUGGAAUGUUUACAAUAGAAAUAAUAUAAAAGAAGAUAACGAUGAUGAAGAUAUGAAAAUUCAAGAAGUAAUGGAAAAGAAUAACUUAUAUCGUAGUGAUUAUAAAUCAAAAAUGAACUAUUUCAAAAAAGACAAAAAUAAUACAAAUUUUUUUCAAAAUAAACUGAAAAAGGUAACAUCACCUACAAUAUCUAAAAGAAAUUUUAAUAGUUAUAAUAAAACAGAAAAUGUAUCAAGCGGAAUGAUGAUGUACCAAAAACAAAAUAUACAAAAUAAAUGUUACAAAUUAAAAAAUGGUCAGAAGAAUAAUUUAAAUAAUAUACAAGCAGAAACAAACACAAAAUUUAUUUCUCCAAAUUAUAUAUGCCAUAUGUGUGGUAAAAAAGGACACAGUAUAAAAAAUUGCACAAUGAGCAAUUUCAAUAAUAAUAAGAAGAUAAAAAUUCCCACAGGAAUACCAGCCAAUUUCUUGACUAAAAUAAAAUCGGAAGAUAUUUAUAAAUAUGAUCAAAUAUAUAUAUUAAAAGAUGGUAGUUAUGGGGUAAUGAAAGAUGUAGAAGAUGUAAGUGGCAGUGCUUAUUUAUAUAGAAGUGUUGAUGAUAAAAUAAAUAUUUAUUUAGGUGUAAAUGAUAACAAUAAUAAAAAUGAAAGUGACAAAUUUUCUAAUAUAUAUAAAUGUUUAUUAUGUAAAAAAUUGUAUUCAUCUCCAAUAACAUUACAUUGUUGUGGAGAAACUUAUUGCAAAUCAUGUUUAUUCAAAUACAAUAAGAAAAGAAAAAUUGAUCAAUCAUAUCACAGUAGUUCAGACCAGAAGGUACAAGUUAUGAAAUGCCCUAAUUGUUCCAAAUUUAUAAAUUCAGAUGAAUUAAUUAUUAAUACAAAUAUUAAAAAUGUUAUUGAUACUAUUAUUAAAAAUCAAAAAAUUAAUGAUUCUAAUGAGGAGACAAAUGUAUCAUCAGUUGGAGGAUUAUUAAAUACAAAUAAAGAUAAAAAAAUGCCUUUUGAAAAUAAUAAUAAUAUAUCAGAUAAUUUUAUAAAUAAUAGUAAUGAGGUAAUGCAAAAUGACAAAAACUAUAAUAGCCAGAAUAAUGAAAAUAAAGUUAAUUUCAAUGAAAGUAAUAUAUCAAACAAUGAAAUAUCUUUUGAUAAAACAAAAGAGCAAUUCUCAGUUAGUAACAAUACUCUAAACAACAACGAUGAAGAAUUACAAGAUAAUAAUUAUAAUCCUCUAAUUAACUUACCAAUUAAUUUAAAUGAAAUAAAGAAACAACAUGAUUAUGCAUCUGCUUAUAUAGCUCAAUACAAAAUGCAAAAAAAGAAAGAAAAAAAAAGAAAUAUUGAUCUCAAUCUUAUUUUUAUGAAUAAAAAAAUAUGUUAA